CUAAUUGCAUGCCAUCAAGGAUGUCGACAGAGCAAGAUCCAUUGCUUGCGCAAGAUCAUGUUCCUCCCAAUCAUGAUCAAGAGAAUGACAUCAGCCACCAGAGCGACGACGAGCUGUCAAUUUGUCAUACACCUCUUGUUGCUUUCUUCAGUACCUUUGGCAUGAACGUGGUAGCUGCCUCGAGCGUCUUCGUUUUUGCUCGCAUUCUGUGCAAAGAUCCGUCUUCCUGCUCUUCAGAAGAACGACAAGCCUUCUCCGGAACUCUAACCAACGCAACCAUCAUCGCAAAUGUUUGCGCUAUUCUCGUUAUCCAGCCUUUGAAUUCGGUUUCGAAAAAAAGAUCGAAAGUGGUAUUGCUCUUCUGGCUUGUGUGCAGAAGCUCCGCUAUUGGACUGCUGUGGGUUGCGGCCAGGUCCAAAAGCAUUGGUAUUGUUCUAUUGAGCAAGGUCCUGGAGGGCACAGCUACCGACAACAUCCUACAAUUUGCGCUUAGUACCAUCUACGCCCGCAGCAAUGAUCCCCGGCAGUUCUCCACUCUCAUGUCCGAGUCCAUGGCAUUCUCGCUCCUCGGAUCUUCUCUGGGACCUGUUACAGCAGGACUUUGUAACAGUUUCAGCAUCAGGAUCUUGAUCUCGAUUUGCGCCAUGUCCUGCGCUGUUUUUUAUGUCGGGUUUCUCACCACAAUGAGCCACGGAAUAAGAAAACCCAAAAGCCAUCCCAUUGACACCGAAUCCUUUCCGAACACUGUAGCGAGUUGGCCCAUAUUGACCAUGCUAAGGGGGCUUUGGGACAGUACUUUCUCCCAUCUUUCCAUCGUUCACAAAGAGCCAAUCUUUCUUGUCCCAAGCUUAUCCUUGAUGGUAUACACGAUGGGGCAAGCAUACGUUCUGCCAGCGCUCAUGGUAUACACUUCGGGCCGUUAUGGUUUCACAGAUCGUCAAAAUAGCUGGUUGCUAUCACUUGCAACAGCCGUAUCGGCAUCCUUUGUUUUCGCUAUCCGGUUAGUACAGCGAAAACUCAGAAAUGACGCGGCACAUGUGCGACUAAACAUUAUUGUGGCUGUCAUGGGAAUCUCUGCGCUCAUGAUCUCCUUGCCCUUCAUAGCGUAUACGCAAACGGCAUGGCAAAUCUAUCUCGUUGUAGUUAUGAUGUCUCUAGGAUUUUCAUCAAGCAGUUUCAUCAAAACGUACGCCCUCUGCCAACUCCAGCAUCCCAAAGACGGUGCCGCCGCCCUCGCAAUCUUUGAGACCGUGGGAAGUUUCUUGUCUCCUCUCACUCUCGGGUUUGCGCAAACCCAUUGGCCAGAAGGGAAAUGGACUAUUGUUUCGUCGGCAAUGUCAGCUGCUGCCAUCAUCAUGCUCUGCGCAGUGCAGAUGCGCGAGAUGUCCAUUCGGGGCAAUUAUAUACCACCACGAAAUUAA